AUGGAGCUUGUCCACGAGGCAAGGGUGACCAACUUCUACCUGCGUCACCACGCCACAGCCCGGUACAAGUACACCACUAGCCAGGCAACACAGCACCAAGACCCCAACUUCAAGAAAGCCCUCAUUGAGGCAUACGGCUGCAAGUCCCCAACAGUCGAGUCCCAGCUCUUCUGCAUGGGCUUGGGCAAGUUUGUGUCCAGCAAGCUGGUGUGCGCUGCUCACCUGUUCAAGUACGCAUGGCGCAUGGAUCUUGCGCGGGUUCUUGGCUUCCAGAAUAUCAACGAUCCUGCAAACGGCCUGAUGCUGAUCAAGCCCAUAGAAGAGGCCUUUGACAACGGCUACCUGUGCAUCAUUUGGGAGGGCGCACGGGGCGCAGGACGGUCUGACGGGCAGUACCGGAUGUGCUGGCUGGGGGAUGCAGAGCUGCUCAUGCACGACAUGAAAAGAUACCCCUGGAAGAGCAGCGCUGAGAAGCUGCCUCAGGAACUCCAGGAGGAACUUCGAGGGCUCAUGAACGAGGAUGGACGACCUCUGAGGUUCACGGACCUGGACGGCAAGGUGCUGUCGUUCAACACGGAUGCACGGCCCUACAGGAGGUGCCUCGUGUUCCAGGCCCGAUACGCCUUCAAUCAGGCCCUGGCUGAAGGCCGCAUCACACAGCAGCAACUGGCAGAGAUCUCACCCCACCUGGUGUCAUAG